AUGCCCCCGAAGUUGAAGCGUCCACGCUCUAUCACACCGACGAUCCCGCAGCGUGGAGAUGCCACAACCGCAGAACCCCCGUCUCCUCAGACACCGAGUCACAGAGCCAAAAAGCUAAAACUUCUAGCCUCGCAUGCUAUCUCGUCCCCAUUUCCGGACUUCCCCCACCCAACGCCCGCGGAAGCCGAACAGGUCCACGCCCUCCUCGCCACGACUCAUCCUGACAUCGCUUCCUCCUCCGCGCGACGCUCGAAACCCUCCGAUGAUAGCAGCAGCAACUCCGCGCGGACGUGCGGCAAAGUCUCUAGCGUGCUAGACUCGCUGAUCGGCACUAUCCUCAGCCAGAACACGUCUUCCCGGAACUCGACGGCUGCGAAGCACGGUCUGGAUGCUGCGUUCGGGCGGCACAACUUCCAGGCGAUCGCGGAGGCUAGUAAAGACCAGGUGGUAGAGGCGAUCAAGACAGGCGGCCUGGCGAACAAGAAGGCUGCGGUAAUCCAGAAGAUUCUGAGAGAGGUUUACGACAGGCACGGCGAGUACUCCUUGCAGCAUCUUGCUCGUGUCGUUCAGUCAGACGUCGACGUAAAUAGCAAGGCGAAAGCGGAAGGGAGCUCGCAGGGUCGGGCUGCGGUAUCAGACGAAGAAGCAAUGCAGGAAUUGGUGUCGUACGACGGCGUUGGCCCCAAGACCGCCUCGUGCGUCCUACUCUUUUGCCUCGGACGCUCCUCCUUCCCUGUCGACACGCACGUCUUCCGGCUAUCCCGCCUCUUGGGCUGGGUCCCUGCGCGAGCCGACCGGGUGACGGCACAGGCACACCUCGAUCUCAAAGUCCCGGACCACCUCAAGUACGGCUUACACGUACUGAUGGUCGGGCAUGGCCGCAGGUGCAAGGGGUGCAAGAGCACGAGUAGCGGCAAGGGCGAGUGCGUGCUUAAGCGAUGGGUCCAGGAACAGAAGGGCGCGAAGGAGGAGGAGAUGGAGGAGACGAUCGUGAAGGCGGAGGAGGCGGCGGCCGAGGUGGCAGUCGACCAUUCGACGGAUGUUAAGAGCGAAGUUUCGUAAGUCUGCCUCGUUUCUGGGUAUUCCUGUCAGGUGCUCGGGUACUCUACAUUCCCCGUAAUAGCUAUUGGGACUUCGAUCAAAGUGUAGCAUACUCUUCUUGGACACUCUCCCCCACGUUCGUGUUUCGCGACUUCUAACGUACACUUGUGCGAUUCGU